CAUCGAACGAUUAGUCGACUCGAGGACGGACGUGUACACGUAUUUUGAUAUCAUUUGGAGCCAUAGAGCUGUAUGGAGCAUGCCUAAAAAGUUAAAUCUUCGCGUCAAGUAAACAGCGCAUCGAGCAAGGUAAACUGGACAACAGUUGCAUCACAUAUUGUUUGGUUUCUGCUCAGAUGUUGAAGUUCAGUACUUUGAAGUUUGAAAGUCUCGACAAUUAUAAGACGUGGGUGAAGUGAAGUUCAACACAUACAGACUACAGACGCAGCAAAAAUGUCCGUUAAGAGGAAGCGUAACAGUCUUAAUGAGAACGAUAUCCAUGAGGAUGAAGUGCCACCUAAAGUACCACGCACGAGUUGCCUGAAACCGGCCAUUGUAGGAGGCACUCAGGAGUCAACUAGAGAAAAAGAAAGGUGGACCUUCUACCCAGUGACCCAGGAACAAGCUAGGACUGGUGAACAUGCCGCUAGACCUAUCAGAGUUUAUGCAGACGGCAUCUUUGACAUUUUCCAUGCUGGCCAUGCGAGGGCGCUCAUGCAAGCCAAGAACUGUCUACCCAAUGUGUAUCUCAUUGUCGGAGUUUGCAGUGAUGAGCUGACAAGGAGACUUAAAGGCAAUACAGUCUUGACGGAAUGGGAGCGCUAUGAAGCCGUCCGCCAUUGCCGCUAUGUGGAUGAGGUUAUAUUUGAUGCACCAUGGGUCCUCACCCCAGAUUACCUUGAGGAACACAAGAUUGACUUUGUAGCACACGAUGACAUUCCAUACAACACCCCUGGUGUGCAGAUGAAUGAUGUCUAUAAGGACAUCAAGGCAGCCGGCAAGUUUAUUGCCACAAAUCGUACGGAGGGUAUCUCAACCUCAGACAUCAUCGCGAGACUGGUGCGUGACUAUGACAUGUAUGUCAGGAGGAAUCUAUCAAGAGGAUACACAGCCAAAGAGAUGAAUGUUAGCUUCAUUAAGGAAACCAGCUUGAGUCUUCAAGACCGGGUUGAUAAGGUGAAAAAGAAGGUCAACAGGGUGGAAACAAAAUCCAAGGAGUUCGUCCAAAAAGUAGAAGACAAAGGUCGGGAGCUAAUACAGCGCUGGGAGGAGAAGUCACGAGAAAUGAUUGGCAACUUCCUUGACUUGUUUGGAACAGAGGGCACGUUGAAAAAGAUGUUUGUAGAUGGAACCGAUCGUCUCAGGAAUGCCAUCUCACCCCCAGCAAGUCCUACAUGUAGCUCCUCACCCACACCACCAGACGAGGAUGAUAGCGAAUCAGAAGAUGUCCAAGAUGAGUAGGCAUUAGAACAAGCCCUCUGAUUGGUUAUUAAUUGACGAUGUUAGGCUGGGAUUGGUUCUUGCCAACACAUAAAAUGUUGAAAAUAAUGCAAAUGACAUUUUCAUUGGUAGCUUUCUAUGUAAUUAAUAUAUAAUUGCAAAUAAGGUUUUUUUUCCUUUCUUCAUAUGCACGAUCAUUUUUGCUUUGUUGGAAAGUGCAACUCAUUAAAAGCUUGUUUUGUUUAGGAUAUUUAAGCACAAAAGCCUCGCACAUCAAAGUGUUGUGGCACAUAAAUUGAGUACGGCCUAUAUUUUGAAAUGGCAGUGUCAUCUAUAAAAUUAAACAAAAACUAUUUGUUUCAAAUAAGAGUUGGGGGAUGUUAUUUAAGAUACGAUGAAUUUAUGUUAGUAUUCUCACACACAAAGCAUUUGAUUCGGUGCUUAAACAGACAUUGUUAAAGGUAGAGUAUAUCAUUUGUCAUUUGUGCAAUUUUUUUGUUUGAAGCAACAAAAGUGCUAAAAAUCUAAAAAGGGUGCUUCACAACUAGCUUGAUGAAGUUUUAGCUCAGUGAAUGCUGUAUUUUCCGAGAAAACAAUAUUCUAGGAUCUUGAUUUCAAUUCAAACAUUGCCGAAUCAUGUUUUGAAUUGCACCCGAAAUUAGCAUCCAGGACAGGGAUGAGAUGUCCAGCUAAUGAGAAUUAGUUCAUUGUGAAACUGAGGGGAACAAAAACUGGAGAAAGGAAUUUGAUGGAUUCCAUUUGAAUAAAACAUGUUUUGGAACAUACAAAAUGUUGGUUAUAAUUUUUAACUCCAAAAAACUUUAGUAAACAUCUGAAGAGCCCUUUAACGUCCUUAUCUUAAAUGCAGGAUUAUUUACAUAUCAAAAUUCUUCAAAUAUUAAAAACACUUUUUGAAGUGAAUUUAAAACAACAUUGAUAAUGUUAAAAACAUGUUGCCAAGAAACAUCCAUUAUAUUUCAAAAAAUUAGUCGGUAUAUUACUGAAAAAAGGUACAUCAUUUAAUGAUGACCGAAGUACAUAGUAUUUAAGUUGUUUAAUUUUUAUGAUUAUAAAUUACUAAAUCUGCCAAAGUAACGUAGCACAGACAGUGAGUAGAGCUUGCCGAUAUAUAAAAACAAAAUGGGCUAGGCCACGUACUGCAGUUGUCCAUGUUAAUAUUUGUCUAGGUUUAUAACAAUUCAGACAUGUAUUUGGUGUGUGUUGAGCUAAUUUUAAGUCCAAGUUUCAGAUUCAGUUUAGUCAAAUGGUCUUUUCUCAACCUGUAAUGUUGAAGACGAUGAACUGAUUUUUCAAUGCAUGAGAAUGGUGUGCUAUCUAAAUUAAUGGAAAUGUCACUUCAUUUUCAUCUGAUUGAAAUCUGAUUUCAAUCCACAAUGUUUAUCCACACACUGGGUUUUCAUGAGACAAUACUAACCAUUCAUAUGUCCAUCAACGGUAAUAAUUUUUGCUUGAUUUCACUUGGAUGUUUGAAAGAAUUUUUUGCUCAUAUCACUGUUAUGUUAAUUGUAUAGUGUGUCUAUAACAAUCUUACAAAGGGAUUUUGUUGUUAAAGUAGGUUCACACUUCACAUCAAAAUGAAAACGAAUUUCAUGACGUCAAUAAUUACAAUUUUAUUGUAACUUUCUCUGUAAUAACGAAUUCGCUUCGCAUCACCAUUCACAUGAAGUAUUCAUGAACAGGCCUUUACAAUGAUGUUUUUCCUUUUCAUUAACCCUCCUAUGCAAGCUCAAUCAAGUGACCGUUUUCAACAGUUAAGAGCUCCCAGCCUACAUCAAGCAGGAUUGACUGGCUGUGACUCUUUAUGUAAC